AUGAAGCUCAACGCUCGCGUUCUCAUGGGUCUGGCUGCAAUCAGCCAAGCCGAACAGCCCUCACCCUCGUCGAUUGAAGUCAUCCCCAUCAACGCGGUGAGUGUGACAGGCCACUCCCUCCUCAAACCCUCGCCAACCCAAGUCCCAUCCAACUGCACACGCACACACGAGGACACGGACAAGCCAGCCACCGACAAUCCCCCGGCUGAAGUCCCCUACUGGGGCUUCAGACAAAGCUGCACCGAAAUACACGGCGACGGAGGCAAAGAGGCAGUCAUCUGGGCCUGCUGCGACACGACACACGGCUACGGCAUCCAGAACCGCUACCGACUGGGCCAGUGUAUCGAGAACGCGCGCGGGAAGCUGAUUCCACGCAAGAAUGGGGGGUUUUGGCGCACGUGUGAGGAGUGUGGGCUCAAGGAUCCGAGGCGGCUGACGGUGUAUAGCUGCAAGUGCUGGCCUAUGCCUAGGCAUGGGACGAAGUAUGAGCGUGUGGAGACUGAGAUUGAGUUGAAUGACUUCAUCGGCAACGACCAUGGCAAGUUGGUUUGCUUCGGCGUCAGGGAGGAGCGCUACUGGGGGAACUGCACCAACAACUUUCCUUGGGAUGACUAG